AUGAUGUUGGAGCCGUCGCCACCGGCACACGUCAAAGUCGUCGUGACGGCUGAGACGAACGGACUGGUGCUGCGCAAGUCGUCGGCAGGAACAGCGGCCGAGCGUCGAGUCCUGGUCUCCACCUCCGGCGGCUCUUCGCCAGACAAUGGCGGUCCCUCGACAAGAAAGCCUGAUCCUCGACUACGGGUCAUGGCUCGUCGAACCUCGCACACCCUUCUCUACGUUCCAGAGCAACGACGAGUCUCUACCGUCUCCGGCUCCUCAAUCGCUUCGUGUCCUUGCCGUGGUGAAGAGGCCGACACCGUCUCCACCGACACUCCGCUUUUCUCUCUUAAUCUGAGUCCUGUCGGAACGCGCCGGAAAAGUGUGCAAACAGGAGCGCCGGCUAUUGGCUUCCGGCCUCUGAAGACGUUUGAGAGACGUGCCAGUCAGCCCACACUCCAACUCGAACUCCAAGGCAUUGUGCCUUCUGCAACGGCUACCACCUCGACUUCUACUACGACCACCACUAUCGUCAACCAACCAACGACCAGUUCUCUACCUGCUGAAAAAGCCAAAAUGCUCACAAAAAGGGUUUCUUGGCUGUCGAUGAAAAGCUACCAAGCGGAGGAGACCAAGUCGAGGCGGCCGAGUGGUGGUGGCAGUCCUCGCGGAGGCUCACCGAGUAGGACCGUUAGUCAGUAUGGCAGCCAGCCACAUCUUCUCGAAGACCAUGAGUUCGACAGCGACACGCCACCUCUCGACACGCUCAGUUGGAGCAACGCAGGAAGUUUGUAACGAAUUUUCAAGAGUUUUCUCUAUCUCUGCCGAAUUUAUUUUUGUAGAUGAUAUGGUUGUUCUUCCAGAUGAGUACGACAACGUGACGUUGAUGUACGCGAAGCACGAGAAGAUCCCGAUGAAAGACUUUGGUUCUGAAAUCCGCGCGACGAUGGACAUCGACCACUUGCUGAACAAGGCCGUCCUUCUGCUCGACUUGCAAGAAACCAGCCUCGAGGAGAUUUUCGCCAAGUCAGUUUUUUUCUCGUUUGUUUUUUGCACUUUCUGACGCUCCCUCAUGUUCUUCCUUUCCUCGGAUUCAUCUACAUUCCAUUAAAACGGCUUCGUCUGAUUUUAUGGCUUUCCAGCUUUUGGAUUAAUUUUAUUACGGCCACUUGAGGCUUUGGAAUAUCAAAUUUUAAAUUAUAAAUAGCUUUUUUCGAAAACUCUACUUGUUUUUAGCCAAUUUAAAUUGAAUUGUUUUUCACUGUACAAAAAUUUAAAUUUAUUUUUUAUUUUUUUUUGCUUCAGUAAUCAUGAGCUUUGUUGAACACUUAGGCAGAAUUAAGUCUUUUUUUACUCCCAAUCUUUUCAGUCGCAUUAAAAAUGCUGCAAAAAAAGGGUUUAACAAAAUCAAUUUUUGGUCAAAUUUUUUUCAUUUUCUGUUUUAAAAAUUUGCAGGCAGUGAUCGAAAUUGAAAAGAAAACGCCACAAAGAAAAUUCUUUGAACUUCAAGUUUCACUCAUAAAAAAUAGCUUACACAUCAUGCUUAUCAGUGAGAAAUGUUUGGUUUUUUUUUUCCAUUUUCGUUCACUUUAAUUCGUAUGGCCUAAUUUCAUAGCUUUCGACGUUGGGAAGUCAUGACAUAUUUCCUCGUUUUUUUUCCCAUUUUAUCGGGGAAAAGUCGCGAGUCGGAUUUGAUGCGGUUGUCAGUUGCACGUCUUGAAUGGGAGCCGUCGCUGCUGCAUAAUUUAUGCCACCGGCUGAAAAGAAUGAAGCGAAGGACGCAAAAAGAGUGCCUAAUCAAAAUAUAACCCCUUCUCCCUCGUCGUUUUUUUUUUCCAUCCAGCUGGAAAACUUCUCCAGACCUACUCGUCUUUCAUUCAGAGUCUUUGCCAAUUUGGCUUCACGCACAGCCGUGGGAUACCCAAGUUUCGACUUUCUUUCUUUCUUUCAAGGAAGUAAAAGUGGUCACUUCAUGGAUAGUCGAAACCAAAAAAUGUGAGGAUCCGAAGAAAUUGUGGGAAAAUGACAGAGGACAUGGUUGAGGUUGAGAGCUCCUAUCGUCGAAAUGUACAGCUGUAAAUAGAUUCGAAAACGCAAUUUUAACUUUUCUUAAGACCAUAAGCCUAUAAGCUUCAACUAUUCGAAAAUUUUAUGAAUGAAGGGGUGAAAUGGAAAUGAAGGUCCUUCCACGCAGCUUUAGCAAAACUCGCUCGAAAAUCAUCUUUUUCGUCAUUUACUGUUGAGAAAUUGAAUUAUUAUGUCGACCAAUUCCCAUGUUCAUCGUUUUCUUUCUUUUCUUCUUCUUCUUCUUUUUUGUUUCUGCGAGCUGCUGGGAAGGAUGCUAAUUGGGAUUUUUCUCUGGAGGAGAUCUUGUUCACCCAACAAUUAUCGACUUAGGAAGUACAUUCUUCCCUUUUUUCGGCGUGCAACCGAAAUUCUUGAAAGGAAAAUCUUGAAUUGCUCAUUGAAAAGACAGGAAACUUCAUUCAGCAGAACAGGAGCUAUGCAGAAAAAACUGAGUUAUUUUUUUGGUGGCUCUACUUUUUUUCAAGCGGCUGUUGUAGUUUCUGAAGUCUGAAGUCUUCAUUGAGAGUCAUUUGCUCUUCUCGCAGGUCGUUUUCAAUUGGUCUCACGUCUUGGCUAAUCGUCGGCCCAGAACUUGAAAAAAAGAGGAAAAUCAAGGAGCAGAGACGAACGCGUUGACUUUUUGCCUCCGCAGAUGGAUGCGUGUUUUUUUUUUUUUGCGAGGUCCUGUGUGUGUGUAUUUGCGGAGAAAAAGCAAGAAGAGAAAGACGAAAAAAGCAUGGAUGAUGGGCAGAAUAAAGACGGGAGGAAAGCGGAAAAAGAGCAUAUAACUGGCGACUUGCCGCUGCAAUCAAUGCUUCAGCUUGUUCAGCGAGCUUCUGAAGGGUCAUGCAGCUGUCGGGAACUUUGAAGUGAAGAUCAAACUACAAAAGAAGAUUUGAUUCAUAUCGAUUUGCUUGUGGUAUAACUGUACCUUUCUCAUGGAUUAAAAGCUAUCAGCGGCUUAUAUCAAUGAAGAAAUUUUCCAUUGUUCCAAAAAAUAUAUAAUUUUUUUUUCUCGUAGCUGAAAUCAGUGAAAAAUUGCUCAGAGGUCUUAGAGAAAAAACUGGGGAAUGUAGAAUUUUCAAUACUGAGUUGAAAUUUAAUUUGAAAUUAAUCUUUAAUGAACUCAGUCAUGGCCUCUGAAUAAGUCUUUGUGAAAAAUUGCGGAUCUUGUUAGACCGCAAAGGUUAUCAAAUUUCUAGAAGUCGCUUUUUCUUUCGGUUCCUGUUUUCAGGUUUUUCACUUCAUUUUUUUUCAUUAAAAAUCACAUUAGAAUGGUGCCUCGAAUGAAGUUAAUCUGAGAUAUUUUUGUUUUGGCGAGCUCUGUAACUUGUUUUUUUUCAUUAGCAUUUAGUUUUUAUUUCAUAAAGAUCAAAUGAACUUUCAAGUAGGGAAAUGUGCGAAAAGAUUUAUACAAAUCUAUUUGCAGGAUCAUACACGAGAUGGACAUCCAAGAGCCGGAGUUCACGAGCGAACAAGUCAGAAACGUUCUUUUCACCCAGGACGCCGGAAAUCAAUGUUUGUUUCUAAUAUUCGAGCUUUUGAGCAGAAAAGUCAGGGGUAAAAAAGGUUUUUGCUCAGAUUUGAAAGGGUUUAGUUUUCUGGUGUAGUUUUUUCAUAGAAGGGAAAAUUUUGAAAUUUCCUUUGAAAAAAUGCUCUUUUAUUUGGAACUUUCCUUCCAAUACUGCAAGACGCUUUCUGUUGUCGAAAGGCCCUUUCUGGUAUAUUUUUUCCAAAUUUUCAUUACUCUACGAAAUUGAUGUUACCGAACUGAAACUAACGAAAAAAAUUUUACGAAAAGGUGAAUACAGUGUUUAGUGACCGCCGGCCGAUAUUAUUCCAUCAGAAACUAUAUUUUUCGUGUGAUUGUGAGAUUAAAAAAGUUUGCUCAUUUUGCUCCGAUCACCGAGAAAGCACUUCCGCACAUUCUUGGCGAUACCAAGAUCGGAACGAACUGAAGAAGAACAGUUUUCAGUCCACAUCCUGUCGCGGACGGUGCAGUCGAUCUGCACGACGGGCUCCGUCGGCGGCUCCUUCGACUACGACCAGACGUGGAUCUGCGCCUUGUACGUUGCACUCCCAUUCGUCUUCUCCGCCUAUUUUCCUCUUUCGCUAUUUUUUUUUUCCCAUUUCUCGUUCGUCGAGUCUCGAGUUUAUUUGAUUUUGCAAUGCAUUAGCAAUCGCCCUCGGACCCUGGCCAAGUCAGCCACGAAAUGCGGAAGUCCUUUGAAAAAAAUUGGAAUUUUGUUUGCAGUUUUCCCAUUAUUUCAUGCAAAUAUCGAGAGAAACCCAUGGUGAAUAGUUGGACAAUCGUCAGUAAAAUCUCAAAAGUUUACAAAUAGGUAUGGAAAAAAGAUUUUUUCCGAAAAGCUUAUUGCAAGGGUUUACAAAAUGAAUUAUAAUGUACUUUGGAUCGUAAUCAAGUCAGGAAGUAUCUGGAAACGAAGAAAAGCCUUUUUGUUAAUGUAGAACAUAUUUUCACGUAGUGUGUCUCGAACUUAUUGUUCAAAGCUCAGUGAUCCUCUUUAUACCUGUAAAUUCGGAAAUAAAUUGAACGAGACAUUUACCUUAAAACACAAAAAGUAAAAAUUCAGCGAUUAUUUUUUUUAAUUUGAAAUGACCUUGGGAAGACGCAUAUUCAGAUGUAUGCUCAACACGGUCCAACAUCGGCACGUCGCCAUCGCGAGGCUGUCUCAUCCGACCAACCUGGGCAGGACGAUGCAAGAUCUCCGGUUCAUCAUCAUCGUGAUUGCUCCAAGCCGAGCGGUACGUGCUCCUGCUCCCAAUAUGUUGUUAUGUUGGUUGGAAUCUCAGAAAGGGACCAAGACGGCGUUGGAAACGACUCGGACAUUCGCCACACUCUUCGCCGACAUGGAGAUCCGACAGCGGCUCGUCAUGGCUCAGACUGUCGAACAUUUCCGGUUGGCUCUCUCUCAUUAUACAUUUUCAUUUUUUCGAUAAAAAAGCUGAGGAAAAAUUAGGAAGACAUUUCAAGCCUAGUAAUUUUUUGAAUUAUCUUGUUCGUUCAUCAAGAACUUGUAGGUUUCAAAGUACGAUUGUUAAAAACUGAUGAUUUGCUUGAAUUUUUGCAAGGAUCGCGUAUCAAAAAUAAGUUUCUUUUUAUGCCUUCACCCCAAAGAUUCUCCGAAAAAAUUAGAAAACUGAGGAAUCACCUAAAAUGCGAAGCGUUCUACCGCUUGUACCAUUUGGUUGACGCAAAAAAGAUUCUCAUUUCCUUUGAUUUUGUGCGAAUUUUGAUUGAUUUCAUUAGUAAUCGACUUUGAGACUCUAUAAACUUUUUCUUGAGAACAAUCGAAUUACGAAAAAAAUUUUUUUCCAAGUUUUUUUAUAAGUCCGCUCUUGUCUCCGAUACUGCAGUAAAAGUUGUGUAAUGUUCUUUUUAGAAAUCGUUUUCUUUCAAGUAUUGUUUUUUUGAAAAACGGACUUUUUGUUAUUUUUUUCUUCGUUUAUAACUGCUGAAAUACGCUUUCAAGUAGACGAUUCACGUUUUUUGAAGACUAAACUUCUAUUUUCUAGAUUAAUUUCUUCUUAUUUUUUUUCUUGUUUUCAUAAAAGAUCAUGAAUAUUUAUUUCAAAGCAUUUCUUCAUUACCUCCCUUCAAAAACCCAUUUAAGAUCGACGCUUCUUUCGGCGGCGAAGGAGCUGGCGAUGGAUCAAAAUCAGUGGCGAGAACGAAAAUCUUCCAUCCACCUCAGCCAGGCGAAAGAACAAAUUGUCAGUUUGCUUUCCUCCAACUCAUGUAGUCAAGAAAAUAAAUUUUCCUUUUCCACCCAAACAAUCUCUUUUUACAGUUCGGUCCUGAAGCGUGGUAUCCCUUCCGAGGACUGAAAGACGAGUUCAAACGGCGGCUCGCCCUGUACCCAUCCGACUACCUCGACGGAAUCCGAGGCCAUCGGACCGUCCAAAAACUUUUCUCAACCGUCGUCUUUCUUUAUUUCGCGUGUCUUUUGCCUGCCAUCGCCUUCGGUGUGCUCAAUGAUGACAAUACGAGAGGCGCUAUAAGUGAGUUUUUCUUCCCGUUUUAUUAAAAAAUAGCCUCGACAGCAGAUUUGUUUUGCAAUGAGUUGAUAAUAAUUGAUGUGCGCUCCACAGAGAAUCUGAAGCAAUUAAAACUCUUUUUUGGACUUAGGUAGUGCAAACCGAACACAGGCUUGUGCAAGUGGCAACUCGUCAGUCUAUCGGACCCAAAAGAUUAUACUUUUUCAAGUCAAAUAUCAAGCUUUUCACGACAAAAGUUACAUUUUUGAAUAUUUUUUCACUUGACGUUCAACAGUAACUAUGAUUCAACAAAUGAAAAAAGUAUUUCGAUGAAAGUUGUCUGGGAGCGUUUGGUUCGCGUUACUGAGGUCCGAGCUGUUCCAACUUUUUUUUAAAGAGAAAAACUCGUUUUUAAUAGCUGGUUGUUGCUUUUUGAAGAGAAAAAAAGUUUGAGAAGAUCUUUUUAUGAUAUUUGGUUUUUUUAUCCUGCUAUUAUUUUUUUACAUAAAAAAAUUUUUGAAUAAUUUUUUUAAAUUGGAACUCUGUUCACCCAAUUAUUUAAUAUUUUGGCUGCUCCUCUUGAGAAUCCAUCUCUCAUUUCCAAGAAGGAAAGUAUUCUAGUCAUUCAGGAGUUUGAAUUUAUCGGCGCGUUUCUCUUUUCUAAUUAUGAUCCUGCCAUAUCAGUUAAAAUUAUUCCAUAAAAUAAAAAAAUUAUUCCUGUAAAAAGGCCACUUUCAGAUGUACGGAAGGUUAUCAUCUCGCAAGCUAUUGGCGGAAUCUUCUUUUCUAUAUUCGGUGGUCAACCUAUGAUCAUAUUAUUAACUACUGUUCCUUUAGCUAUAUAUAUUAAAGGUUCUUACAUCUUUUCACUUUAUCAUAACAUAACUUGUUUUCUUUCAGUUAUAUAUAAAAUAUCACAAGAACUUGGGUACGAUUUUUUGGCGAUGUACGCGUGUGUCGGCUUAUUCUGUCAGAUGUUUUUGAUAUUAUAUUCUGCAACCGAACUCUGCAGUUUGAUGAAGCUGGCUACGAGGUUGGUUCUUAUAAUGGGGAAAUAAACUAGGAAGGUUGUUCGAUUCAAUUUUCCAUGCCGUGUUCAUUGUGAUUUUGAUGACUCCAAAAUUGACGUGUUUUUUGUUUGAAGUGAGGUUCGAAACACGCAAAAGUGGAGCCGUGGAAAAAAAUGGGAGCUACAAAAAGAUAGCGACUCUUACACCCAACAUAAUUGCCGAUAUCGCAGCGGGCCGCACGCGAUAUAGCCAAGGCUUCUCGCUGCGAUCUCGACAACAUGUCGCUGCGACCUCGUCAGAGUCUCGCUGCCAUAUCGCUCCCUCUCAAAAAUUUGAAAUUUGAAAAACACUUUUUUUGCUUUAUUUUUGACUUUUAUGAUGAAAUCAAUCAAAUUCAAGAAAAAAACAUUUUGAAGAAAAAUUUUUCAGAGAGCUAUAUCGCUCGCGGCUCCCCCGCGGUAUAGCGUUACUCUCGCUGCGAUAUAGUCCACAAAAUUGGGUGUAGGCGCGAAACUACAAAUUAUGAAUAUAUUUGGGUAUUAUUAAAAUAAAAUGUGAAUUCGUAACAAUCGCCAUCUCGUUGUAGGACUAAAUCUUUCUAAUGGGUCCCGAAAUUGCAAUUUUGUGUAUUUUGCAAAAUUGUUCAUAAUGAGAAACCCGUCUGUUUUGAAAUCACCGAAAUCACAUUGAACAAAGCUUUAAAAUAUAUUUACAUAUGAAAAUUAUCCUACGUUCUUUUCGAAGAUGGUGGCCCAACCUAUUGAUUCAGAUCGGCCGAGGAGAUGUUCUCGUUGUUCAUCGCGAUCGCCUUCACGGUGGAGAGCCUUCGCGCGAUUCACAACAGUUUCCGGAACAACUACAACGACUGCGACAUGACCACGAUCUCGAUGAAGGCAGCCCAGUCGGCCAUCGACGCCUACGUCAACGGCUCCAAGGCCGACGCCAUCGUCGACAACAUCUCUUCCGUCAUGGCCGCUACUGUGCGUCCUUUCUGUCUUUCAUCCAUUUCAUUCCAGCACUUUCAGGGAACGACAGGUGUGACUUGCCGGAGAGACACCACCAUUCUCUACAUGUUGCUCAUGUUUGGCACCCUUUGGCUCGGCCUCUUCUUGUACAAUUUCCGAAAAGUUGGUUUUCUUUUAUUAUCAUGCUUACGUACAAGGAAAAGCUUAGAAAUAUGAAUUUUUAAGAUUUGACCGAUAAAAAUUGUAAUGUUUAAUCCAAUAGUUCAGAACUAUGAAAAUGAAGUAAAUUGAACUCAUUUUGCACACUCUGAAGCCAUAAAAAAACAGAAGAUUAAGUUUUUUUUUUAAAUUUUUUCUGAGCACUUUUCAAUUUAGAAUCACGAGAACGGGUCUUCGUUCGUCUUUUUCGUGUUUUUCCUUGAAUUCAUGUCAAAGUUGAAAUGAUUACCGUUGCAAAUCCAGCACAAUAAAUCGAUGAAGCAUAGAAUUUAUGAUUUCUUUCCAAGUAAUAGUCAUUUCUCAAACACCCGAUGAUCAAUGCUUCAAAAAGGAUAUUUGAAUAGGCAAGACUAUUUUCAUUGAUGUAUCCAAUACUCAUUUAAAUAUAUUCGUUAAAAUCUUAUCUAUAGCUUUUUCAGUCAAUUCAACUUUGAAGCACCAGUUUAAUUUUUUUUAUUCAGACACCGUACCUGACGAGGUCUCGACGCGAAUGGCUGGCCGACUAUGCGCUACCGGCCUCUGUGCUCAUAAUGUCUUUCACGGGUUCCUACCUCUUUGCCGACGUCGCCAGUUAGUCUCCUACUUCUUGACCUCGUGAUGAAGUCCUGACUUGCAGAGGACCGCUUCAAGAUGCGGGAAGAAGUGCCGAUCGUGCAAAUGGCCGACAUCCUCUCGCUACCUCCGGCCGGCUACUUCGUCUGUCUUCUCCUCGGCUUCUCGCUCUCCUUCCUAUUUUUCAUCGAUCAGAACAUCACAUCGGCCAUCGUCAACAACUCUCAGAACAAGUCCAACCUUUUUUUGGUUGUCAUUGUGAAGAUCGAAGUGUUCAGGCUGAAGAAAGGAGUCACCCACAACUUGGAUCUGUUUGUGGUCGCUCUUCUGAACAUGUUCCUGUCGAUGUUCGGCCUUCCUUGGAUGCACGGAGCGCUUCCGCAUUCCCCACUCCAUCUCCGGGCUCUGGCAGACGUCGAAGAACGGGUUUCACAGGGUCACGUCCACGAAGUGUCAGUUAUUCCCGAAAGAAUUACAACAUUUGUAUUAAUCGUCCUCGUGGUGGAAGCCACGAAUUAAUUCUAAAUUGUAAUGACAAAGAUUAAGUUCAGCGUUUGCAGGAUCAUGAACGUGCGAGAAACGCGGUUAGCCUCGCUGAUAGCCCACUCGCUGAUUCUCGUCUCGACGUUCUACCUGCUGCCGUACCCGCUGCAGCUGAUCCCGACCUCGGUGCUGCACGGCCUCUUCCUCUACAUGGCUCUGACGUCACUCAGUGGCAACGAGAUGUUCGAACGGUUGCUGCUGCUAAUCACCGAGCAGGUCCGCCCAAGAGAACUUUGAAAAUUGUGUCUUUCUUAAACGCUGAAGAUUAGAAUUUGAAGCGUUUUUCGAAUGUAAAAGCUGUUUUUGAAGUUUUACCCUUCAAAGCUCCAUCUUACAAGGGUGCUUCGGCCAAAUAUCGAAAAUCUCAAAUUUCGCAGUGGGAUUGUUUUUUUUUUUCUUUAAAACACCUUCAUAAAAACUUUGUAAGAACAAUUUUCUUUGGUAACUGACUUGUUUCAUGUAUUCGUUUGCAGCAAGCCUAUCCGCCGACUCACUACAUCCGGAAGGUCCCGCAACGAAAAGUGCACUUGUUCACGGGAUGCCAGCUUCUGCAGCUGGUCAUUCUCUGCGCAUUCGGCUUCUCGCCCUAUCCUUUCAUCGAGAUGGUCUUCCCCAUCGUCUGCUUCUUCUUCCUUCCGAUUCGGUACAUCUUUUCCUCUCUCCCUUCCGAACCUCUAUCUUCAGACACACUUUGAUUCCACGUCUCAUCGACUACAAAUAUCUAGACGCGUUGGAUGGUCGACACUAA